UUGCGACUCUGCAAGAGCUAAGGGACUGCCUUAAAGAUCUUACGAUCCGCCAAUUUUCAGCUUUGCGCCUCUGUGACAUAGAAACCACCGAAUCUCGCCAUCUCUCCAGCUCUUUGUGCUGUCGACACCCAUAAUCCUCUCCAAUUCCAGCACGGCAUUCUUGAUAUCCAGCAAUCUGUCCGAUUGCACCGCCGCAACCAUGUCUUCCGCUCGCGACAUCACUCCCAGCACCCCAAUUACCGAGAGAACUGUAGUCUCUAGCUGGGGCCAGAACCUCUCAACUUCGCCCAUUGCCACUUUCCAUUCACCUCCAGCCAGCCUUGGUGGGAGACUGCCUCGCAAGAGCGUGGCGAAGCUGCUGAAGCCCUUCAACACCCAAGAUAUCAGGAUCCUGUUGUUGGAAAAUGUCAACCAGACUGGACGGGAUAUUCUCACGAGCCAGGGCUACCAGGUUGAGGCUCUGAAGACUUCACUUCCUGAGGAUCAGCUCAUUGAGAAAAUCCGUGACGUCCAUGUUAUCGGUAUCCGCUCAAAGACAAAGCUGAGCGAGAAGGUUUUGAGCGAAGCCAAGAACCUUCUCGUCAUCGGAUGCUUCUGUAUCGGAACCAACCAGGUCGACCUCACUUACGCUGCCCACCGUGGUAUUGCUGUCUUCAACUCUCCUUUCGCAAACUCUCGCAGUGUUGCUGAGCUGGUCAUUGCCGAAAUCAUCACCCUGGCCCGACAGCUCGGCGAUCGAUCCAUGGAAAUGCACCGCGGCACCUGGAACAAGGUCAGCGCAAAGUGCUGGGAGAUUCGUGGAAAGACCCUGGGAAUUGUCGGUUAUGGACACAUCGGCUCCCAAUUGUCCGUCCUCGCUGAGGCCAUGGGCAUGAAUGUCCUCUACUUUGAUGUGGUGACUUUGAUGGCACUGGGAACCUCUCACCAAGUUCCCUCAUUAGACAACCUCUUGGAGGAGGCCGACUUUGUUACUCUCCACGUACCGGAUCUCCCCGAAACGAGAAAUAUGAUUUCCACUGCUCAGCUGGACCGCAUGAAGGUGGGAUCUUAUCUAAUCAACGCGAGCCGUGGAACCGUUGUAGACAUUCCUGCCUUGGUAAAGGCAAUGCGCUCAGGGCACAUCGCGGGUGCUGCUCUUGAUGUUUACCCCAACGAGCCAGCUGGCAACGGCGACUAUUUCACCAACAACUUGAACCAAUGGGCUGAGGAACUCCGCAGCUUGAGCAACCUGAUUCUCACUCCCCACAUUGGUGGAAGCACAGAAGAAGCACAGCGUGCCAUCGGUGUUGAGGUUGCUGAGGCAUUGGUCCGUUACAUCAACCAGGGUAUCACUCUGGGAAGUGUCAACCUUCCCGAGGCUCAGCUGCGUUCCCUUACUUUGGACGAGCCAGACCACGCCCGAGUCAUUUACAUCCAUCGCAAUGUUCCCGGUGUGCUCCGCAAAGUCAACGAGAUUCUUGGCGACCACAAUGUCGAUAAGCAGUUCAGUGACAGCAAGGGAGAUUUGGCAUACCUGAUGGCCGACAUCAGCAACGUAAAGUUUGAGGAAAUUAAGGAUCUCUAUGAGAAGCUGGAGGGCUUGAGCUCUUGCAUCGUGACAAGAGUCCUCUACUAGAUCGACUCUGUGCAAUGAGAAUACUUCUUCGAACUGCAUUUUGUUUUUAUUAUUGGGGCAUUAUCGGCUGGUAAAAAGUUUUAAAAACAUGGCCCUGUGGGCCUGAGAUAAAGAAAAUCAACAUCACAUGCGGGCAAUGGUAUAUAUUGCUUCAACAGCUGUGAACUUGAAUGCUCUAAGGAGAGCAUGCUUACAUUUUGGAUGAGAUGCUGGUGCCAUUUUGGCAUACAGUCUUUUAGCAUGAAAGUUAGACAAAUACAGAUCUAUAUUGUAAAUGAGUGACUUUUC